AUGCAUUUCCACCUCUUUCGUCCCGAGGUCCUUGUUUUCUUCAUAGUUCUCCCACGAACGUUCUCCAAAACCCUGAUGUCCUAUCCUGCCUCUUCCAGCGACCCUGCAAGCAACCUAGGCUACCUCAAUCUCGAGAAGACUAAGGGCGAACGCCCAAAAGCCAACUCCGCCGACCUCUACAUCAAGACCGCCACAGACCCGUCUGGGGUCCCCGCAGCGCACUUCCAUCGCAAGAAGGGGUACCGGCGUGCGGAGUACCACUCGCUGUUCUACGCGACUGAGUACGAUACCACGUACUAUAUUGGGUACCAGGUGAUGAUUCGCAAGAUACGGCAUAAUCUCGUCAUUUUCCAAUGGAAAGAGCUCGUAGAGCAGUCCACCCAGCUCAUUCCACUGAAUCUCGAGUUCUCCUCCGAGCACAACGAGCGUAUCCUGACGUUCAAUCAUGAAGCGCCGAACAGCCAUACGCGGACUACUUUCUGGAACCGCACUCUCGAGGAUGGCGUUAAGUACUCGAUUGGAAUGGCCAUCCACACCGGCACGCCAGGCGGCGAGGAUGGUUGGGCGCAGCUGUAUUGGGAUGGUAAGCCUCAGAAGAUGCUGGAUGGAACUCAUUUCAUCAACGGCACGAUGGUGAGUAGCCAGGCUGAUCCGAAAUUUGGUGCUUAUCGGGCGGAAGAGUUUGAGAUGGAUACGUAUGUGUAUUCUGUCAAGAUUGGGACGAUGUCUGGGGACGUGAAGGACGUGGCCGGGUGGUAGCCACAGAAUAGUAGCCUAGUCGUCCUUUUUGUCAACAAGAUUAACAGAUCGAACCGUG